GGAAGUCCGUCUCGCUGUUUCCGGUUUCUGCGGUGAAACAUGGCGGAACGAAGCCGCUCCGCUGAAGAACCUGCAAACCGCCUCACCUGCCGGAUUAUGGAUUAGGGAUUAGGGUUAGCAGCUCCGCGGGUUUUUGUGUCUUUUACUGCCGGACUAACCCUAACCCUAACCCGCGACACAAAGACUGCACCUUUAUUGUGGAAGUGGUGACCGGAAGUCGGCCGGCUCGGUGUUUUAGCUUCGUUUAGCUUCGUUUUAGCUUCGUCUGACAUUUUGAACAAACUGCAGCUUCCCGGCAGAGCGCGAGGCGCGGGCUGGCUUCCGGCUCAGGAUCAACCUGCAGCUGAAACUCCUGUCCUCUCCUGGUGCAAGAUGUCGUCUGGCCCGCUGGCGCCUCCUGGAGGAGAACUCUGUGUUUUCUUACUGAGGGACCAAGAGGAGGAGGAGGAGGAGGAGAGGAAGAAGGAGGUGGGCUGCCAGUGGGAGAGUCCAGAGGAGAGGAGGGAGGUGGGCUGCCAGAGCGAGGCAGCAGAGAGGAGAGACGCUGCCGUGCAGGUGGACCUGCUGAAGCAGCCAGGUUUGCUGCUGCAGUGUUUUGCUGUCCGACCAGAUGGACCAGACGGGGGCGCUCUGCUGCAGCACUGCAACUCCAGUGGGGCCAAGAGCACAUCCAAACGAGGCACCAAACGCACCUCGACUGUCCGCCGGUCCUCCGCCAAACGCAGCCGGACUUCCUGUUCCAACCUCCAGUCGGAAACACAGCAGAAGCACAGGGCAGGCAAAGCAAACGCACCCAGAGCCUCAACACCAACAUCCUCCACCGAACGCACCUCACCUCAUCUGCAUGCCGUCCACCAGCCACAAAUCACUCUAUGCAAGGUUUCCUUCCCCCUCCACCACUCACCUGACCCCUCCUCACCCCCUGCAGCCGAAGAGGAGGAAGAUGAAGCGCGCGACCCGACCUGGCAUCCGCCUGCAGAUGGAGAUCGUGUCUUUCCUCAGCCUUCGGCUGUCCUUUUGGACCACAGUGAUGCAGCCUCACCUCCCAGUGUGCCAGACCAUCCCCUCCACCGGGGAAAACAACCAGAGCUUCUUCACCAACUGCACAUUAACCCAUCCCAGAGCUCCAUCUGCGACAUCUGCGGAAAGGUCAUGAAGUGUAAAUCCAGUCUGGCCCGACACUCUUUCAUCCACACGGGUGAGAAGCCAUUUGCCUGCCACCUCUGCGACAUGCGCUUCAACCGUCAGGAUAACCUGCAGCACCACCUGAACCGCCUGCACCCCAACGGAGUCGUCCGAGUUGAGAAGCAUCGGCCCGACCGGGCCUGGCUGUGUGACGUGUGUGGCAAAACCUUCAACUGUAGGUCCAGACUGAAAACGCAUGAGCUCAUCCACACGGGAGUCAAGCCCCAUAGGUGUGACCUCUGUCCCAAGGCCUACAUGAGUACCACCGACCUGGAGCAUCACAAGAAAACCGUCCACAUCGAUGGCGCCGGCAGGCCUCUGAACCCGAGCUUACUGCUGUGUGAUUUGUGUGGGAAGGAAUUUAAAUAUAGAUCCCAGCUGUCCAACCAUCUCCAAAGCCACACUGGGGAAAGGCCUCACCUCUGCGACCUCUGUGGCCGCAGAUUCAGCCGGCCUUACCAACUCAAACGCCACAAGAUCCUCAUCCACGGUGCCAGAGCGAAGGGAAGAGAGACGCUUCAGCCUGAUUUGCCCUUCGUCUGCACAGUUUGUGGCAAGAGGGUGAAAUCUCUUGCCCUCCUGACCUCCCACACCCGCGUCCACACCGGCGACAAGCCUCAUCGCUGCAGCAUCUGCUUCCGUAGCUUCCAGAGGGCCACACGCCUCAAACAGCACCAUAUGCUUGUGCAUUUUAAUUUGAAAACACAGGAGGUACCGCAGAAGGUCCACCGGAGGAAGGACCCAACCCCGCCAAAAGUGUUUACCUGCCAGGUUUGCAGCAAGUCUUUCAGGUUCAAAUCAUUGCUGGCCAGUCACUCACUGACCCACACAGGAGUCAAACCUCAUGCCUGUGAGUUCUGUGAUCGCACCUUCAGGCGCUUCAGCCACCUGAAGAGGCACAGGGAGGUGGUGCACGCCAACGGGGCCAAGCUCCCCGAGAGCUUUGUCUGCAGCAUCUGUGGAAAAGACAUGAAAUGCAAAUCUAACCUGGAAAGACACGCAAUCAUCCACACGGGGGAGAAGCCGUUUGCUUGCGACCUGUGCACUGCAAGGUUUAACCGCCGUGGAAAUCUGCAGGAGCAUAAGAAGCGCGUCCACGGCAUCCGGGUUCGGAAGAAAGAGGAAGAGGAAGAUACACUCAUUGUGUUUAAUGAAGCAGAGGAUGGUCCGGUGUCGUCAUUGGCUUCUUCUCUUCUUUACAAGCAGGAAGAAAGCCUUCGGUCUGUUGAUUCUGAAGCCGGUGGUUGUCGCACUGUGGUGUCGAGCACAACAUAAAACAUGUUGGGAGGCUGAGCCGGUUUCCUCUCAGGGAGCAGUAACGGAUUUCUGAUUCCGAUUCUGAAUUUGAUGCUCUGCAGCUCGACUUACUGGUUGCUGGUUUCAGCUGAUUGGGAAACAGCUGGUUGGCUUGAUUUUAGUCUAGGCAUGAUCUGCACUGAGGAUACUGUGCUGCUCAAACGUUUACUUUUAGUUUAUGAAAUGUUCUUUUACUAAGAGACUAGUUAUUAUUAUUUUGCAAGAUGAUUGUCCAGCCAGAUCUUGUACACACUGAAACAUCUGACCUGCAGUGGACUGGAAACCUGCCCAAGGGGUUUCCCUGCCUUCGACUCAGUGUGUGCUGGGAUAGGCUCCAGCCUUCUGUGAUCCUAAUUAGUGAUUGGCAGGACUGGAUUUUUGCUGAAGGUUCACACAGGGAAGACCAAACUACAUCACCAAAAUGACCAUAUCAAAAGCUGUGCCGCGUGAAAUGCUGUCUAGCUGCGCCUGUCAGAAAAUAAAGUUUGGUUGUGCCUG